CGGGGCGCGGCGGGCGGCGGGCGGCGGAGCGCGUCCCGUCCGAGUCCGGAGGAGCCGGAGCCGCCGCCGCCGCCGCUCGGCAACAUGGCGGACCUGGAGGCCGUGCUGGCCGACGUCAGCUACCUGAUGGCCAUGGAGAAGAGCAAGGCCGCGCCCGCCGCCCGCGCCAGCAAGAAGAUCGUCCUGCCCGAGCCCAGCAUCCGGAGCGUGAUGCAGAAGUAUCUGGAGGAGAGGAAUGAAAUAACCUUUGACAAGAUUUUCAAUCAGAAGAUCGGUUUCUUGCUAUUUAAAGAUUUUUGUUUGAGUGGAAUUAAUGAAGCUGUACCUCAGGUGAAGUUUUAUGAAGAGAUCAAAGAGUAUGAAAAGCUCCACAACGAGGAAGAGCGCCUGUGCAGAAGCCGGCAGAUCUACGACAGGUUCAUCAUGAAGGAGCUCCUGUCUUCCUCUCACCAUUUCUCAAAGAAAGCAGUGGAGCAUGUCCAAAGCCAUCUGUCCAAGAAAGAAGCAUCCGAGACUCUCUUUCAGCCAUACAUAGAAGAAAUCUGUGAAAGUCUUCGAGGCAACAUUUUUCAAAAGUUCAUGGAAAGUGACAAAUUCACUAGAUUUUGUCAGUGGAAAAACGUAGAAUUAAAUAUUCAUCUGACCAUGAACGACUUCAGCGUCCACAGGAUCAUUGGGCGAGGUGGAUUUGGGGAAGUAUACGGCUGCCGGAAAGCGGAUACCGGGAAGAUGUAUGCAAUGAAAUGCUUGGAUAAGAAGAGACUCAAGAUGAAGCAGGGAGAGACGCUGGCCUUGAACGAGAGGAUCAUGCUGUCACUCGUCAGCACCGGGGACUGUCCGUUCAUCGUUUGUAUGACCUAUGCCUUCCACACUCCUGACAAAUUGUGCUUCAUCCUGGACCUGAUGAACGGGGGUGACCUGCACUACCACCUGUCCCAGCACGGGGUGUUCUCCGAGAAGGAGAUGCGCUUUUACGCCAUGGAGAUCAUCCUGGGGCUGGAGCACAUGCACAACCGCUUUGUUGUCUACAGAGACCUAAAGCCGGCAAACAUCCUGCUGGACGAGCAUGGGCACGCGAGGAUCUCCGACCUUGGCCUCGCCUGUGACUUCUCCAAGAAGAAGCCGCACGCCAGCGUGGGCACACACGGGUACAUGGCUCCCGAGGUCCUGCAGAAGGGGAUGGCCUACGACAGCAGCGCUGACUGGUUCUCCCUUGGCUGCAUGCUCUUCAAACUCCUGCGAGGCCACAGCCCCUUCAGACAGCAUAAAACCAAAGAUAAGCAUGAGAUCGACCGGAUGACGAUGACUGUGAACGUGGAGCUCCCUGAAGCCUUCUCCCCGGAGCUCCGGUCCCUGCUGGAGGGCCUGCUGCAGCGGGACGUCAGCCAGAGGCUGGGCUGCCACGGUGGCGGGGCCCAGGAGCUGAAGGAACAUGGCUUCUUCACUGGCAUCGAGUGGCAGCUGGCCUACCUGCAGAAGUACCCACCACCCCUCAUCCCUCCCCGGGGGGAGGUCAAUGCAGCGGACGCCUUCGAUAUUGGCUCCUUUGAUGAAGAGGACACCAAAGGCAUUAAGCUGCUUGACUGUGACCAAGAGCUGUACAGGAACUUCCCGCUGGUGAUCCCGGAGCGCUGGCAGCAGGAGGUGGUGGAGACUGUGUACAAUGCGGUGAAUGCCGAGACAGAUAAGGUGGAGGCCCGCAAGAGAGCCAAGAAUAAGCAGCUGGGCCACGAGGAAGAUUACGCGCUGGGGAAGGACUGCAUCAUGCACGGGUUCAUGCUGAAGCUAGGGAGCCCGUUCCUCACACAGUGGCAGCGGCGCUACUUCUACCUCUUCCCCAACAGACUGGAGUGGCGAGGGGACGCGGAGUCCCGGCAAAGUUUACUGACCAUGGAGCAGAUCCUCUCGGUGGAAGAAACUCAGAUCAAAGACAAAAAGUGCAUAUUGUUCAGAAUAAAAGGAGGGAAGCAAUUUGUCCUGCAGUGUGAGAGCGACCCCGAGUUUGUGCAGUGGAAGAAGGAGCUGACGCGGGCCUUUGCCGAGGCCCAACGGCUCCUGCGCAGUGCCCCCAAGUUCCUCAACCAACCCCGGGCCGGCAUCGUGGACCUGUCCAAGCCGCCACUGUGCCACAGGAGCAGCAAUGGCUUCUGACCCCUGGAGCCUUGGGGCCCCUGGGGCCCCACAGCAGAGCCUCAGGGGACGAGAGAGGCCUAGCCUAGCUGGGCUCUUAUACAUCCGGGAGGCCCAGGUCACAGGGCCCCUCAGGGAGUCGGGCCGCCCCCCGGCCUGGUCAGUCUUGGACCUGUCUGAAGGCUGUGAUUGCACUGAAAGCUCCUGAGCAGCCAAAGUUCUUUUCCUUUGCUAUACACUGGCGUUGGAAGCCACAGACCUAGGGCUUGAGAUGACUCCUGCCAGUCGCUUCAACGUUCUUGUCUGACAUGAAACGUGGCUUUGGCCUGCCAGGAGGACAUGCGCAGAUCUCCCGGGAUGGAUGAUAGACUGACCUCAGUGUGGCCGCCCAUGACCCACAGAUGCUGUGACCGGGCUGCACCGGGCCCUGGGUGGGGACGGCGGGCAGCUGUCUGUGUUGUCACAGCCAUCUUCGUGGGGACAGGGUGGGGACAAGGUGUCCUGGGGUCCUCGUGGCAGUGCCACCCCUGCCCAGUGCCUCUACUGGCUCGGCUGCCAGGGCCGUGGGAUCAGGGAGCCUCAGGGAGGCUAGGAGGGUGGGGGAGCUGCAGGUGUCCUCCCUCUGGCAGGAGUGGAGCCCAGGCACCUGUGGCCCCAGCCCCGGCCGCCUGCCUGGACGGAGGAGAAACGGCCAGGGUCCAGGCCCCCCACUGCCCCCCACCCCCCAGCUGCCUCGUGCCGGGGCAUGUGUCAGAGAGAGAGAAGAACGGCUGUCACAUAUUGCACUGUAACUUAAAAUGAACUUGAUUGUAACAACAACAACAACAACAAAACAAAACCCAGAGGGCUGCGGCGUGUGUCCGACUGGAUCAGGAGGGCUGCCCUCCCCACCCGCCCCGCCAGGGCCCAGCAAACGCAGGCGGUGCCCAGAGCCCGGGACGCAUCCGGAGCCAGUUUUAAAGUCUAUACACCUGUCCUGUUCUCGGUAGAGGUUGAUCAAGUACCUCUCCACUCACUUUUAACAAUACAAGCAAAUUGAUCUCACAA